AUGGUCAACUCUGGCAUUGCACUUCUGGCUCUGGCCGGGCCAGUCUUUGCUGGCAUUAUGCCGAACAAGGGCAAUGACGAGGGUCAUCCUGGUUACCCUGGUCCAACUCCUCCCACCAAGUGGGCAGCCACUCCUGAGCCUCACUGGGUCACCAGGGAGAUAACUUACUUGACCACUUCCUGCCCAAUUUCCCACACGAAAGUCACUUCUGGAACCAAGACUUUGACUGUUCCUAUCACUCUGACUAACACAAUCACCGUGACUACCACUACCGUUCAUGACUUGAACACUGAGACUCGGGUGGUCGUGCCCACUGGAACUGCGACUACCCGUCCUCUGGUUCCGACUUCUGUCCCGACUUCUGUCCCGACUCAGAACGCGACUACUAUUGUGCCGCCUCCUCCAAAGAUUGUCCCAACAGGUGUCCCCGGCCAGAACACUACUGUUAUCCCACCCCCCAGGCCCGCUCCUUUCACCAACAGCACUGUUCCUCCCCCUGUGCAGCCAGUUCCUGUUGCCCCUGGACAGCCCUCGGCUCCUAGCCAGCCUUCUGUCCCUGGCCAGCCCUCUGUUCCUGGCCAGCCUUCUGUUCCCAGCCAGCCCUCUGUCCCAAGUCAGCCCUCUGUCCCUGGCCAGCCUUCUGUUCCCAGCCAGCCCUCUGUCCCUGGUCAGCCCUCUGUUCCUCAGCAGCCCUCUGUUCCUCAGCAGCCCUCUGUUCCUGGCGAGCCCACUGUUGUCUCGCCGCCGCCAGCUGAGACUUCUCUCACUGGCUCUGCUUCCCAGUUCGGGCCUGCUGCCGGUCUCCUGGCUGGUAUCUGGGUUUUCAUGCUCAUGCUUUAA